AAAGGGCCACCUCACCGGGACCAGCUUAUCUUAUCGCCAAUAAUUGAUAAAAAUCCGUACUUUUUGAUUCAUUAUAGUUUUGGUAUAGGCAGCUAACUGUUUAUGUAGCACUAGAACCCCAUUACUACUGUUCAGCUUAAUUGCCUCUCAUUUUAAAGCUGUUUGUUGUUAGUCAUCAGUCUCAGAAUGUGUUGAGAGAGAGCUAGUGUAGUGAGAAAUCAGAGAAUAAAGAACGAAGAAGAGAGAAGGCAGGAAGUUGAAGUACAUGAUGAUGAUGAACAACAAAAGUGAGUCUCGAGAAAACACAGAAUUAGAAGAAGCAGGAGGAAGAUAUCAUGAUGAAGGCAACGGCUUGAAAAGCAAUAAUGAGAUUGAGCUGACCAGAAUUCGACUUAUGAGAUCCUUUGUGGAAACCCAGGAUCCCUCCUCCAAGGUAGUAGAUGAUCUGAUGAUUAGAAGAUUCCUUCGUGCUCGUGAUUUGAAUGUGGAGAAGGCUUCUGCCUUGUUCCUCAAGUACUUGAAAUGGAGGCAAACCUUUGUUCCAAAUGGUUCAAUUUCUGCAUCAGAGCUUCCACAUGAAAUUGCACAAAACAAGAUGUUUAUUCAAGGAUUUGACAAGACAGGAAGACCCAUAGCAGUGGUCCUUGGUGCUAGACAUUUUCAAACCGAAGGGGGAAUAGAAGAAUUCAAGCGUUUUGUAGUCUAUGGUCUCGACAAAUUGUGUUCAAGGAUGCCCCCAGGACAAGAGAAAUUUGUUUUCAUUGCCGAUCUUGAAGGAUGGGGAUAUUCAAAUAGUGACAUCCGUGCAUACCUUGGAGCUCUAUCGAUUUUGCAGGACUUCUACCCAGAAAGAUUAGGGAAGGUUUUUAUCAUCCACGCGCCUUACAUAUUUAUGACAGUAUGGAAAAUUGUAUACCCCUUUAUCGACAAAAAUACCAAGAAGAAGAUAUUAUUUGUAGAGAACAAAAGUUUAAAAUCAACUCUGCUCGAAGAGAUUGAUGAGAGCCAGCUCCCAGAGAUAUACGGAGGCCGACUGCCAUUAGUACCAACCCAGGACAGCUAAUUAAACAACUGAGCUGGGAGAAAAACAGAAGAAACAUAAAAUGGAUAAAUUGCUCUUCUUUCUUAGCAUAUCUUUGGUCCAGUGCAUUAUUGAUGUACCUUUUCACUUAUGUCUAUUUGUAUGAGGAUAUAUAAGACUGUGCAUGGGUCAAGUUGGAGGAUUUUUUCAACUUGUUGGGUUGAGAAAUUCCCAACCCACAUAGGUCGGGUAAGGCUGGUGAUUUGUGCA